CGACUUCAUAUUGUCUUCUUUAGUCCAUGCUGCUGUUCAUGAUAAUGCAUCAUCAGUGAAGUUUGCUGCAUGUCACAAAUCUUCAAUCUAGCCAUUGAUCUAGCCGGUGAAAAUUUUUGGUAUGAUUGUGAAACUCACUACAAUUCAUCAUCCUACAUUCCUAUUGAAUGUGGCUCAAAAAUAUGUCCUGAUGUUGCAUGUAUUGGCUGCAAUGGUCCUUUCAAACCAGGUUGCACAAACAACAUAUAUCCUGCUAAUGAUUCACCACUUAAUGGAUUACCAAAAAUCACCAAAGGAAUCAUUGGUCUUGCAAGAUCAAAUAUUUCACUACCAACACAACUUGCAUUGAAAAAUAAACUUCCACCCAUGUUUUCUCUUUGCUUACCAUCUUCAAAUAAACAAGGAUUCACUAACUUGCUUGUUGGAUCAAUUGGAAAAGACCCUUUUCAAGAACUCUAUAAAUUUGUUCAAUCAACACCAUUAAUUGUUAAUCCUGUUUCAACAGGUGUAGUUUCUGUUCAAGGUGGUCCUUCCAUGGAAUAUUUCAUUAAUGUGAAAACAAUUAAGCCAGAGUCACAAAGAUCCUAAUAGAGAGAAAAUUCUCCUAACAACCUAUGAUUCUCAAACCCCACUCAAGUGCUUCAAUCCUUGCUUGCGUGUGAAACAUGAAUACCCAAAAUCAUGUCCUCAAAAACUGG